AUGCUCAAUGGGUCAAGCCCCCAGGCUGGCAAGAUCUGGAAGAAGGCCUCCCUAACCUUCUCCCUUGAUGGCAAACAAAUGACCAAGGCCUUCCUAAUCUGUAACACAGGGUCUCACGCUGCCAUCUUGGGAUUGAAAUGGUUAGACGCACACAACCCAGAAAUUGAUUGGAAUAUGCAAACCCUCACCUUUCCCCACACCGCACCAGAACAUGUAGCCAUUGCCAAGGAGGAAGAAGCAGACAAGAACCCCCUUGAAGGAGUACCCUCUGAAUACCACCAAUAUGCCAAGGUGUUUGGAGAAGAAGAAUUCAAUAAGCUUCCACCCACAGGCACUACAACAUUGGGAUAG